GAGACAUUCGCUCAGCCUGCCACAGCAACAAAGUAUUCGCCCCCACAGCCUACAAUAAUUGGCAAUGAAGAUGGAGGCCCUGUUCUAGUGAUUGUGGAGGGCAAGAACAAAGACAACCAGGAUAAACCGUCAAAGAAGGUAGAUGAAGAGAAGAAGGAAUCUACCGAGAGUAAGAAACCGGAAGCGACGCCAACAGAAGGCGAAAAGAAAGAGGGAGGCAGUGAUCAGGACCAAGAGAAGAUCAUAAAAGAGGAGCAAGGGAAAACAACAGAGCAAGAGAAAGAGAAAGAUGACCAGAAGAGCCAGUCAUCUAUAGACGACAAAGACGAACUGAGCGCAGAAGAAGACGCAGAGAAUCAGAAGAUGUGGGACGAAGACAUCAAGAAGAUGCCAUGGCUUCGAUUCCCUCACCUGAACGGCUACUUCCAUGGUCUUAAAGCUCUGGUCAAGAAAUCUGAGCACAUUGCCGAAUACCCCAACCCCGCUCAGAAAGCUCCUCUUGGCGAACCCCCGCUCAAACAAGAGAUCCCUAAACCUAAGCCCUACAAUCCAUACAACACGUCCGACUCGAGCAUCAAAACUUGCUAUCUCGAUGACGAAGAGAAAAUCCCAGCACCUAGCAUAUAUGCCUAUGAAGGCGUUCCGCAAUAUAUGCCCGACCCAACCUUUGGAUCUUACUCCAUGUUUGGCUUUCGAGACGAUGUUUGUUUUGACCGAUUUGGUCGUUAUGGGCCAUAUGGCUUUGGCUACGACAUUAAAGAUGGUGGCGCUGGUGUGGGACUCAACACAGAGUCCUCGGGAAGCGAAGCCGUCUGGAAGGAAACGGGCCAAAUUGACUAUGGCCGGAUUGAUUGGGGUGAUGUGCAGGAGCGAUGUGUUACCGCCAACAAGCACCGGUUCACAGAGCCAGACCCAGAGACCGAAGUGCUCAAACCGGAGGAGGGUAAGAAGAAUCGGAUCGCUGUAGUGCUCCGCCUAUAUACCGGCUUUAAGUGGACGCAGUUCUCAGUACUGAACCUCCGGGCCAUGAUCAACGAGCUAGCUCUCAAAUCUGGCGGAGAUUAUAAUGUCCAUUUUCUGUUGCACGUCAAGGAUAACGACUCGCCAAUAUGGUCUGAUGAUUUGACAGUCCAACAGUUGCUCGACGCCCACGUACCACCCGAGUUCCAUGGAUUGGUGACGCUAUGGAGCGAAGCCCAGAUGAAGCUAUUCUAUCCUGGUAAAUUCGAGGAACCAAUUGGCAAUCCCAGCAAGAAGGAAAUACACGAUGUAUAUCGCAGCGCCCAUAUGCCACUUCAAGUUUUUGCCUUGCAGCACCCGGAAUACGAGCAUUUCUGGAACUGGGAGAUGGAUAUGCGAUAUAUGGGCAACUGGUAUGAACUAUUUGACCGCUUGGGCGUCUGGGCAGACCGACAGCCCCGUCCGUUUCUUUGGGAGCGCAAUUCGCGCUACUAUAUUCCCGCCCACCACGGUAGCUGGGAGAAUUUCACGACUGCCGUCGAGCAAUAUACGGCCGACUCUGGCGAGGCGCCCGUCUUUGGCCCCGUUGAGUUCCCUGAAACGAAGCAGCUCCGAUUUGAGCAGCACGGAAAGUCCAUCAUACCAACUCCUUGUGCGAAUGAUAAAAACAGCCCGCAAUGUGGUGUUGGUGAGGCAGCAGACCUCAUUACGUUGAAUCCCAUCUUUGACGUGCAUGGCUCAGCCUGGGUUUUCUCUAAUGACGCAACCGGCUAUGGAAAAACUCCUCCAAGAAGAUGUGUCAUUAUCACGGCAUCUCGAUUAAGUCGUCGGCUCUUGAUGGCGAUGCAUGAGGAGAUAUGGCGCCAUCACCGCACGAUGUGGACUGAAAUGUUCCCUUCCAGUGUGGCCUUUCACCAUGGAUUCAAGGCUGUAUACGCACCUCACCCAACAUUCCUGGACCGUGCUUGGGACCCUCUUGGCAGUUCGGUUGAUAAAAUUUUCAACGGCGGACGUGACCACUCGACUUCGGCUGUGGGCAGCCCGUUUGAUCUGCGCAACGAACACAACCACAGAGGCACAAGCUGGUAUUAUAACAGCGAGUUUUCAGGCCUUUUAUGGCGGCGAUGGCUGGGGUUUUCUCAGCUGGACGGCAGAGGUCGAAACGGCCAUCGAAAGGAAGGAGGGGGCAAGCUGCGAGGCGGAAAGGCAGAGGAGGAGGCCGAAGGAAGCAGCGGCCGCAUGUGUCUGAGGAGUUUCCUCAUGCACCCAAUCAAAUGGGAAAGCCCCGAGGAUAAGCCUUGA